AUGAAUAGAUUAGGAGAAGCAGAAGAAAACACAGUUGGCUUGGUCAAGCUGUGGCAGCGCAAAUCGAUCAAGCAGCUGCCCGAAAUCCUGCAACUGGUCGGCCAACCUUUGCUUGCGCCUCUGGCAUCAAUGCUCGCUGCAAACGGCUUCUUUCCUCAUGACAUUGACAGACUGUUGAAAUCUUCUUUUGACGGAGAUAUUGAAGACAAUGACUGGCCUGAGGAUUUCCGCUGCUGGAUUUUGCGCGUCGUUCUCGUUCGCUCGGCCCAUGGUAGCUCAGCCACGUGUUGA